AUGUCAACCCUGCCUGCGGAAAUUGAAAAUGGUGAUAACACGGAAAACGCUCAGUUCAUUGAAGGUGAAGAGGAGGAAGACUACGAUGAAGAGAAUGAAGAAUACCCAGAUGAAGAACUCGUCGAGAAGCCAUUCAAAUUUGAGGACUUUGCGAAAAGACUGCUGAAUCCGAAAAUCAUACGAGCCUGUGCGGUGGUGCUCACCGAUUGGGAUCAAAUAACGACAAAAUCUCUGAAGGCAGCUGUGACCAUUUUGCAUCGCAUCGCUGUUGGCUGCUCUUGUCCGGCUAUGCUGUAUCAGGCAAAACUAUUUCGCAUCUUUCAGCGAGUAUUAAGCGUCGAACGUGAUGCCCAUCACGAGGAGUUGCGGCGCCUAGGCAUCUAUGUGGUGCGUAAAUUUGUCGAAGUGGCGCCCACAAAUCCAAAAAUCUACGCUGAGUUAUUAUUUUGGAAAAGCGUAAAAGAGGCAAACGAGUUGGAAGGCGGCUAUUGUGAUGCAUAUGAGCCCGCUAAAGGCGUCUGGACCGAAGAACAAGAAGACCAACUGCGUAUGCUUUUCGAGGAGAAUCAACGGAAUCCUGAAACUGAUAAAGAUGUGAUUGAUUGGAUACUGGAGCAUUUGAGUGACAAGAAACGUACCCGGCGCAUGGUACUCAAGAAACUAAAAGAAAUGGGUUUGAUGUUCAAGGCGCCCACCAAGCGCUCGACUGCGAAUGCUGCUAAUAAGAACCUCUGGCGCACUGAAGAGGAUGAAGAGCUUCAAAGUCUCUACGACCAGCAUCGCUUGGAAGAUGAUUGCUUGCAACGCAUCAUCAUCGAAUUUUCCGAUCGUCGCACGAAACGCCAAAUUAUUCAACGUCUACUUCAACUACACAUCAUCGCCGAUAAGUCAGAGAUCAUGCCAAAGAAGCAACGCAAACGCAAGCCGAAAAAUAAACAGGGCAACUUGGAAUUUGUUAACGACGAAGACGAGUACAUGGAAGAACCGCAAUUCAGUGAGUUUGAACCGCCUUCCGGUGGCAAAACCAAGUCUAAAAAGAAAAGAGAUAAGCCAAAGAAGAAUAAGAAUAAGUUAACUGCCGCACCCAAGCCCUCGAAACCAGUGAAACGUAAGAUAGUGCGGACGCCACUCGAUGUGGGUACUGUACGAGCGCUGAUUCAGCAGGUUGCCGACAAGUACCAGGGCUCCAUCGAUUGGCUUAAGGAGUGUCUAGAUGAUGCAGCCGAAGAGACAGAGGAGCCCAAUGAAGAGGAUGAUGGUGUGCCGUUGGUGCCACUUCAAGAAGCCACGCGUGAGGCUAUGGAAAAUGGUGAUUUUCAGAAGGUACUCGUUGCUUUGGGCAUACAGCCACCGGUUUUAGGUGGAGAAACUUACUGGCGCAUUCCUGUGUAUCUCAAUGCGGCCGACUUGAAGUUGCGCGCCAAAAUUGUGGCUGGUGAAAACGUCGACAUCGAUAUGGAAGGCAUAGAAGACGAGAACGCUGAUGAAGAUGCAGAGCCGGAAGGAGAAGCAGAAGCAGAAGAAGCUAGCGAUAAUGAGGAAGAAGAUGAGUCGAGUAGUGAAUCCGAUUCCGACGAUGGUGCAGCUUCAAAGAGCAGUGAGAGCGAAAAAGACUUUUUCGAAGACUUUGCUGAAAAGCAGAAAAAACGCGCGACCGCAAUGGACAAGUUCUUGGAAAAACGCGCACAGAAAAUGCGUAGCAUAAUGUUUAACAAGAGCGACGAGGAAGAUACCGAACGUGCCGGCAUUGGAGAGAAGGGUAAACACCAACGCAAACCCAAAGAAAAAGCGAGUAAAUCAGGCGAUAGCUCUGAAGAUGAGGCCGAGGAGGUCGAUAAAAUCAAGAAAAAACUCGACAAAAGGCGACGUCAAAUCGCACUUAGCAGCGACGAUGAGGAUGAGCAAAUUGGAAAAAUAUUCAAUAAAAACAAUACUUCGCAAUCACGUGCAGCAGAGGCAGAUAAAAAAGCCGAUGCCGUACAUGACAUAUUUGAUCAACUAAAAUCUCAAACCAAUAAACGCGAGACACGCGAGGAGACCACUUACACUGAAGAAUUGGAAGAGCUCAAUUUCAAUUCAGAAAACUAUCGCAGGCGCUUACUCGAGCUGGGCGACAGUGGCGACGAAGACACAAACGCGAAUGAAAAUAUGAGUAGCACCGGCAACAAUAAGACCCGCAUGCGGCGCGCUAACGUAAUUGAGUCUGAUAGCGAAGAUGAGAAUGAGAACGAGAAAGAGGACGAGAAUGCCGAGAAUGGAAUGAUUGAUGUCGACAAAGAUGCAAAGGAUGUCAGCGAAGACAACAAAGGCGUUAAUAAAGCCAACGCCAUCAACGAUAACGAUGGCACUGAUGACAAAGAGGCUGCGACCAUUUCCGCCGUUGAUGCUGCUGUAGACGUCGAUUUGGGAGCUGGCAUUGUUGACAAAACAAGCAAUCAAGCGGAUGUUGAUAGUCUCACCACAGGCGCUAGCGAUGCCGGACCUGUUGAGGAGGCGCUUGUAUUACCAACAGCAGCAAAUAAACGCAAACGUGCUGUUUUGGAUGAUAGUGACGAGGCUCCAGCUGGUCAAGGUGUCAACGACGACGACGACGACGAGGAUGAGGAUGCGUUCAUUGUGCGUCGAAAACCAACCAAAGAGGAGGAACAAAAGCGUUUAAGCGGAGGAGAAGAACCUACCAAACGACGCCGCCUAGCUAUCAUCGACGAUGACGAGGAUGACGACUAGACAGCAGCUGGCCUAAAAUGCUACGAAAAACCGUGCACUUUGCUUACUUCAUUUUCUAUUUCUAGACGUCAACUUAUUGAAGCAUCACUACAUUUAAAUGAAUUUUGAAUUUGAGUUGUUAUUUUAUUUUCUUAUGACAUUUACGUCCAUUGCAUUUGUGUUUGGUUUAUUUGUAAGCUAAGGAAAUGUGUAAGGUGAGCGGAAGAUUGUUCUCUCUUGUAUUUUACUUUCAUUUGCAUUCAUAAAUAAAGCAUUAAAAAAUAAUAAAA